AUGUACGAAAUAAUUCUUGUCACAUCGUUUUGUGCAGUUUUUAUUCAUCUGACUGCUCUUGAAAAGAUAGAAUUCUAUUUAUGUGGCAAUUGCACGGAAACUUUUAAUUCGACAGAUGUGAUUGUAACUUGUGAUGGAGUAGUUAAUAACUCAUAUUCCUCGAUUUCAGUAAAUGUCACUAUUCUUAUUUAUCAAAACUCCCAAAACAACAGUGUAAUCAAUGAUCUGUGCUUUAAGAAUUUGGAGAAAUUACGGGUAAUAAAACUAUCCAAAAAUAAGUUGAGUAUCAUUCCAAAAGGGUGCUUCUCCAAUUUUCCUUCUCUUGAGAACCUAAGCAUAUCGAACAACGACAAUCUUGGAUUCGAUAACUUAUAUAAUGCGUGUUCUGGACUUAAUAUGACUAGAAUAAAAUACCUUUAUGCAAACAAUAUAAACCAGGUUAAGAUAACUUAUCCGUUUCCAAAGAACAUUUCUGUUCUGCUCCAAAACACGUCAUUGGAGACCUUACACUUGGCGUACAAUGAAAUUCGAAUUCCGGAGUCUGGGGCAAUAUCCAACUUGCCAAAGACACUACGAGACGUUUCAAUCCGCGGAAAUCGAUUUGAAGCAUCACCAGUUUUAUUGGAAAUGGGUUACCUUAAAAGUCUUACUCAGCUAGACAUAAGUUUCCAGUGUACGACACUUAAAUAUCGGUCCAGAUUUCGUAGACGAGUAGAUUUCAAUCCAGAGAUUGAUAACCACACGAGCGUUGAUUACUGCAAUAAAGAAAAGUCACUAGAAGCCGACGUUCUAAUGGCACUCCCUUCUAGUCUUAAAAGAUUGAUUGCCACUGGUAUGGUAUCGGGGUCGAACUGCAUUCCACAUCGGAGUACCCGAAGUGACAGCAAGCUUGAGUAUAUUGACAUAUCAAGGGACGGGUAUUACAAGUGGAUCGGUCCCAUUAAUGUCACCAAAUCCAAUCAAAUCAAGGUUCUAAUUUUAUCGCACAAUCAAUGCCGGGAUAUCAGCAGUGGAUUUUUUGACAAUUUGGGGAAUCUUUCCAAUUUGGAUAUAAGUUUCAAUUUAUUAGGACCUUUCUUCAAGCGCAAUGAAAGCAAAAACAUCUUUAAGGGAUUACAAUCUUUAAAGAAACUAAAUGUUAGUUACAACUGGAUAAGCCAAGUGCCUGAAGAUCUUUUAUUACAUAACAAUUUGUUAGAAAAUCUGGACAUCAGUAAUAAUGCACUGGAAACAUGGAGCAUAAGCAUCAACCAUCUUAAAAAAUUAACAUCCAUUGAUUGUUCCGUCAACAAGCUUGAAACUCUUCCAAAGACCUUCAGAGAUGCGUUGGACGAAAUAAGUCUUUCCCAUAAUAUUACUUUAGAUUUUCAUCAUAAUAAGAUUUUAUGUUCAUGUGUAAACAUGGAUUUCAUUAACUGGCUUUUCACAUCAAGAGUGUAUGUACAUUUAUCUGUAGCUGACCAGUGCACAGGGUAUAAUGGAAAUAUUACCCAUGCUCACGAAUACCUAAAAAAAGAAUGUGGCAAGAACCACAACCUAAAGGAAUGGCUUUAUCCCGUUCAGUUCAUUUGUAUUCUCUUCAUUCUCUCCAUUCUGGCUGUUGUUGGUUAUAAGAAACGCUGGGCAAUCAUUUAUCGCUGGUACUUGUUUCGUCUGCAUAGAAAAGGAUACACUCCAGUUGGGGAAUGUGAAGAUGACUUCAAGUAUGACGCCUUUCUGUCUUUUGCAGAUGAGGAUAGGGCCUUCGUUGAUAAAGUUGUGAAGCAACUGGAGGAAGAUUCCGACAUUCAAUUUAAGCUGUGUGUACAUUACAGAGACUUCACGCCGGGAAAAUACAUUUCCAAAAAUAUAGUCAAAGCUAUUCACUCAAGCAAAAAGACAAUUGUGUUCAUGUCGCGUGCGUAUCUUAAAAGUCAUUGGUGUAAUUACGAACUACGCAUGGCGGUAACGGAGGAGAGUCACAUGAACCGCAAAGUAAUUAUAAUGACUGUCCUUGAAGAAAUACCCAAAGCAGAGCUUUCGUUAGAGGUCUUACAGUAUUAUCAAAAGAACAGUUACAUUGCAAAACCAAACAACGAGCAAGAAAUGAAACUAUUCUGGAGAACUUUGAAGGGUGUAAUAGCGAAUGAUUAAGUGCUGCAACUAUAUGUUAUUUAUCGAAUACCGGACUUUUGCGAAAAACGCUGACUUUUACAAUCGACGGCUUAAUUUUACACUAGGACAAUAUACGGAAGCUCUUUUGCGAUGCUGAACAGUUAAUUAAACGAUAAUAAUGGGCCAUUUCAAAGUGCAUAUUACGUUGUUCAGGAAGGGAACGGCAACCAGUAUACCCUCGGCCGCCUCCCUUUCCAUAUUCACCAACUCUUACAUAGUUUUCCUUCCGGAAUGUUUUUCUUCCUUAUUUUAUUCCUUCGGAAAACGAGAUUGAAAGGAGAUACAACCCCUCACGAAUAAUAUAAUUUAAGCUAUGUAAUUCUGCCUCCCAUCAUCUCUUGCGUUGAUCAUGUUAGUGCCCCUAACACCAUAUUUCUUGUCUAUUAGCAAUUCCGUACCUUCGGACAUAAGGCAGGUUUAAAUGUCAAAGUAAACCUUCGACUGUAAAAGUCAGCGCUUCUUGCAAAAGUCCACCAGUAUGUAAUUCCUUUUUUGAGAGGAUUUCGUUUCAAAAUAAAUUAUUCUUCUUUGCAAUUAAUAAACAUUUCCCAAUAAAACA